CAUAAUCCAUUCCUUUCUCCCCCCUUACUUUUGUUCCUGGGUUUGUAGUUAACAGUACGAGGAAACUCCUAUAAAUCACAUGACCUACGUCACACCACACCUCCCAAAGACGCAACCCGGUCCAAAAAUUAUUGCACCUACUCGAACCUCAUCCAACAGCACCCGCAAACCUCGAAACAACCACAUCCAUCAACCCGGCCCCGCAACCCUCGACCUCUAAAUCCUCGCAUCUGCCAUCACUUCCGGCCUCAUCACUCACCCCCCACACAAACUAAACACCCGCCACAAUGGUUGAACUCGUGGAAGUCGAGGACGAGUCCUUCGAGACAAAGCAGGUCGGCCCAGACGACGAGGAAGAUUACUACACCGACACUGACUCCGAGAUCUCCUCCGACGAAGACGAAGCCCUCCCCACGCUCGACGAGUCCCUCUCCGAGCGUCUCCUAGCGCUGCGCGACAUCAUCCCCCCCACAACCCGCACCGCCAUCUCGUCCAUCUUCAACACCACCUCCGGCUACGUGACCUCCACCCUCGGAUUCGGCGGGAAGGCGCUGUUCGUGCUCAGCACGAGCGCGCUGCUGCUCGGUGUGCCGUGGGCGCUUGCGUUCGCGGAGGAGCAGCAGAUUGCGGAUAUGGAGAAUGAGAUGCGUGCGAGGGAGGCUGGGUCUGAGCUCCUCGCAGCUCCAGGCACAACCGCCGAGCAACUUAGCGCCCAAUUAGGGGCUCCCGCUGCAGCGCGCCCAGCAUUGUAAAGUAGGGUAGCAGAGUACGCCUUAAUGUCGGUGUAGGAACAGGAAUAGAUGGAACUGGAAACGGGCAUGGAAAACACGGUUGGGUUUUUGACACGCAUGGCGCGUUGUUGUAUAUGUCGUUGAACUUGUAAAAUUAUUAUAUGUGUAUCAAGAGCUGAAUGGAAGGGGAUACAAGGUCUAUUGGUUGUCUGAUAGCACCAUGGCAAGUGGGGUGAGGAGGGACUACAGUAUGUCUAGUUGAAUGAAGCUGUUCUGUCUAUGUAUUACUGGUGGCGAUGUUGUAAAAUUUAUUGUUA